GCCGAUUUCCCCCACAUUCGGGACGCAGACAGAGACCCAUUCUGUCAGUGGUAUAGCAUCUUAUGAGGAUGUUGAAGAGGACAUUGUCUCAUGGGGUUGCGUACGGUCAAGGAGUUGUAGGUGGUUGCUCUAACGCCCCACCGAGUCGUAGAGAACCGACAUUGAAGAGCAUCGCCGCCAUCCGGGAGAACUUGUACAUGUCUACCUCGGGAAGUGGGAAGUGGGAAAGAGAAGUGGGAACACAUUCAAUCCACAUGAAUCCAAAGAAACGGAUGGGGAGAUGGGGAGGUGGGGAAGAAAGUGGGAAUGUGCGGAGUGUAUCAAGUGACAUCACUUCACGUUACAUUCUUCCAGGCUAAACUACAAUCAACCUCUUCCUCAUCCUGCUUCCUCCUCCAUCCCCAAAGUAUACAAAUCCGCACCCUCGCACCCCGACACUGAUGCAUCGCG